AUGCCUCCUUUAUAUGGUUUUCUCCUUAAAGAUAUUGUAACGGCUAAUAUGGGUCAUGCAUUGGCUGCAGAGGGAGGAUUCUGCACUGGAAGUACAAGAGUUAUAGAUCCCCAACGAUUAAGUAGCUCUGGCUAUGUCUUUUCUGCUUCUUUGCCUCCAUAUAUUGCAAGUGCUGCAAUUAUAGCUAUUGACAUUCUGGAGAAAAAUCCCGAGCUGUUAUCAAAGCUUAAGAACAACAUAUAUGUGCUAUGGAAAGGAUUGUCAAAAGUACCAGGUUUGAAAAUUACAAGUAAUAAGGAGUCACCAAUUGUUUAUUUGAGAUUAGAGAAGUCAACAGGUUCGCAGAAAGAUGACCCAUGUCUAGUUGAAAAAAUUGCUCAGCGGGUUUUUGAGGAAGAUUCUAUAUUUGUGGUGGUCUCUCACAGAUCAUCAUUGGACAAGUGCCGUUUACCUGUGGGAAUAAGAUUGUUUGUUUCUGUAGGGCAUUCAGAAUACGAUCUUCGGAGGGCAUCUGAAUCAUUGAAAAGGGUUUCAGCACAAGUCCUAGGUGGUCAUAAUUGA